GCUCUCAUUGAAUGCACAUUUCGAGUCCAACGCUUUCACUUGAUUGGAUCUCUCUCUCUCUCUGCCAUUACCAAAUCAUCAAAAUCCCACAGAAUCUAACUCCAUUCAAUUCCUUCUUCUUUUUAUCUUAAUCCAAAUCCUCUUUGUUAAUUUAAGUUUCUUUUUUUUCUGAAAGAAAAAACGUUCUUAUGGCCGAUCAGCUCAGCUUAUUAUGCAGGAGUUCCUUCAAUUUGUAAUGCAAUCAGUUGAUGACAGUAAAGAAACGAAGAAGAGUUUGAAGCGAUCAAGAUCAUUGUCCCCUCGGGAUAUGCCUGUGACCGACUGCACUGCUAUGCAAACUAUUGACGAUUGCAUUCUUUUCCCUGUUGAAGAGAUAGUCCAAUCACCAUUGCCUGGAUACGUAGCGCCUACCUCUGUUAGUUUUAGUCCGGAUGAUAGUUUGAUAGCUUUUCUAUUUAGUCCCGAUCACACUUUGAGCAGAAAGGUUUUCACUCUUGAUCUCAAUGCUGGCAAACAAGAGCUAUUUUUCUCUCCCCCGGAUGGUGGGCUUGAUGAGAGUAAUAUAUCGCCGGAAGAGAAGUUGAGGAGAGAGAGGUCAAGGGAGCGUGGGCUGGGAGUCACACGUUAUGAAUGGGUGAAGACUAUCUCGAAGAAGAAAACUAUUAUGGUGCCUUUACCUGGAGGGAUUUAUUUCCAGGAGUUUUCUGAUUCAAAACCAGAGCUCAAGCUUCCAAGCAUGUCAUCAUCACCGAUCAUCGAUCCACAUCUUUCCCCAGAUGGCACUAUGCUUGCUUACAUAAGAGAUUAUGAGCUGCAUGUUCUGAAUCUCUUGUACACUGAACAAAGACAAUUAACAUUUGGCGCCAAUGGGGACAUUCUGACUCAUGGACUUGCUGAGUAUAUAGCUCAGGAGGAGAUGGAUCGAAAAACUGGGUAUUGGUGGUCACUAGAUAGCAAGUUCAUUGCAUUUACGGAGGUUGAUUAUUCUGAGAUACCUCUUUUUAGAAUUAUGCACCAAGGUAAAAGCUCAGUUGGUCCAGAGGCAGAGGAAGACCAUGCAUAUCCUUUUGCAGGAGCUUCAAACGUCAAAGUUCGCCUUGGGGUGGUGUCCACUGCUGGUGCUUCUGUCACUUGGAUGGAUCUUUUCUGUGGGGGAUCAAACUUCGAUGACGAAUAUUUGGCUAGAGUCAACUGGAUGCAUGGAAAUGUUCUUACAGCACAAGUCUUGAAUAGGUCUCACUCCAAAUUAAAGAUCCUUAAGUUUGAUAUCAAGACAGGCCAAAAUAAUGUUGUCAUGGUUGAAGAACUAAAACCUUGGAUUAAUCUGCAUGACUGCUUUACACCUCUGGACAGAGGAGCCACCAGAUAUUCUGGGGGGUUCAUCUGGGCAAGUGAAAGAACAGGAUACAGACAUCUUUAUCUGCAUGAUGCUAAUGGGACUUGCUUAGGACCCAUUACAGAGGGUGACUGGAUGGUUGAACAAAUUGCUGGUAUAAAUGAGGCUGCAGGGCUUGUGUAUUUCACUGGAACUCUUGAUGGACCUUUGGAAUCACACCUUUAUUAUACUAGACUAUGCCCAGAUGAAAAUUCUACUUUGCAAGCUCCCAUCAGAUUGACUCAUGGCAAGGGAAAACAUGUGGUUGUGCUUGAUCACCACAUGCGGAAGUUUGUUGAUAUUUAUGAUUCUCUUGAUUCUCCCCCUAGAGUUUUGCUUUGCAACUUGAUUGAUGGAAGUGUAAUAAUAUCUCUUUAUGAGCAACCAUUCACCAUUCCCAGGCUUAAAAGGCUUCAACUUGAGCCUCCAGAGAUAGUUCAGAUACAGGCAAAUGAUGGUACCAUACUAUAUGGGGCUAUAUAUAAGCCUGAUGCUGCAAGAUUUGGUCCUCCACCGUACAAAACCUUGAUCAGUGUGUAUGGUGGUCCUAGUGUACAGCUCGUAUGUGAUUCAUGGAUAAACACAGUUGAUAUGAGAGCACAAUACUUGAGGAGCAAAGGCAUUUUAGUUUGGAAGUUAGAUAAUAGAGGAACGGCUAGACGUGGACUGAAGUUUGAAGGCUGUCUCAAAAACAACAUUGGCCGUGUUGAUGCUGAGGAUCAGCUUACUGGAGCUGAAUGGCUAAUCAAACAAGGGCUAGCAAAAGCUGGCCAUAUUGGGUUUUACGGUUGGAGCUAUGGUGGUUAUCUCUCGGCUAUGACCUUGGCUAGGUUUCCUGAUGUUUUUCAAUGCGCUGUCUCUGGUGCUCCUGUUACAUCAUGGGAUGGAUAUGACACAUUUUACACCGAGAAGUACAUGGGAUUGCCUUCUGAGGAUGCUGAAAGUUAUGAGUAUAGCUCUGUGAUGCACCAUGUGAAUAAGAUGAAAGGAAGGCUGCUAUUGGUUCACGGCAUGAUUGAUGAAAAUGUACAUUUUAGGCACACUGCGAGGCUUGUUAAUGCACUUGUGGCAGCUAGAAAGUCGUAUGAGCUGUUGAUUUUUCCAGAUGAACGUCACAUGCCACGCCGUCACAGAGACCGAAUUUAUAUGGAAGAGAGGAUAUGGGAAUUCAUAGAGAGGAGCUUGUGAGCCAAUCAAUCUUUACAUAGAGCAAAGUUGACGCUGGUACUCUGCCAAAUGCUAUGCAUUGAUGAAGAUCCAGUGUGACUGAUGCUUUCUACUGAAAGGGAUUCGGAGAGUGUGGGGUUGAAUACUUGCGGGGGCCCAACCUCAUCAUUUCAUUCAACAUAGCUACAGAGGUAUUUAGGAAGGAGGGUAGCAUGGCCAAGUUCUGAUCAACGCAUGAAAUGGGUGGCAAUGACUUAGUACUUGCUAUGUUUUGUCUAUUCGCUGAGUGGAGGAGAAGCAUAAGAUACGUAUAAUAGGUACAGCAAAAGAUGGAUUGGAAUGCUUUUUGUUCGUGCUUGCCCGCACCCCUCUUUCAUUGCAUAGACUUGCAACUUCCCAUUAGGCUGAUUUUAUUAUCUAUUUUGUAGCUUCAAACAUACAAGUCUAUUACUUAUCUAUAUGCAAUUUCCUUUCAUCUUUGUCUCGAAGUGUACGAGGGGACGAGAGGGGAGUGCCGAGUGCGGCACACAUUUUUCAACGAAUGAGAUUGAAAUUUCUUGUUAA